AUGGUGAACAUCACAGAAAAGAUUAAGGAGAUUGAGGAGGAGAUGCGCAGGACGCAAAAAUACCAUCUGGGCCUGCUUAAGGGAAAACUUGCAAGACUACGAGCCCAACUUUUAGAGCCUGCUGGCGGAUCUGGAUCAGGUGGUGGUGCUGGUUUUGACGUUAGCAAGAGCGGAGAUGCUCGAAUUUCACUAGUCGGGUUCCCUUCGGUUGGGAAGUCGACAUUUUUAUCAAAGAUCACCAAGACCAAGAGCGAGGUUGCUGCGUAUUCUUUCACAACUCUCACAGCUAUUCCAGGCGUGUUAGAGUAUGGUGGUUCAGAGAUCCAGAUCCUCGAUCUGCCAGGUAUUAUCGAAGGGGCAGCAGAAGGCAAAGGGCGAGGAAGGCAGGUUAUUUCUGCAGCCAAGACAAGUGAUUUAAUUUUGAUGGUUCUGGAUGCGACCAAACGUGCCGAGCAACGAGCGUUGCUUGAGGCAGAACUAGAAGCUGUUGGGAUCCGACUAAACCGAGAAGUGCCGAAUAUCUAUCUCAAAGUCAAGAAAGCCGGUGGAAUGAAGAUCACCUUCCAGUCACCCCCAAAGUACCUCGACGAGAAGAUGUUGUACAAUAUAUUACGAGACUACAAGGUGCUCAACUGCGAAGUUUUGGUUCGAGAUGAAAAUGCUACGGUCGAUGACUUUAUAGACGUGAUCAUGAAAGACCAUAGGAAAUAUAUCAAGUGCCUGUACGUGUAUAACAAAAUCGACAGCGUGAGCCUGGACUUCCUCGACCAGCUUGCCCGGGAGCCACAUACCUGUGUGAUGAGUUGCGAACUCGAUCUGGGCAUCAAUGACGUCGUAGACCGAUGCUGGCAAGAGCUCCAGCUCAUCCGCAUCUACACAAAGCGGCAAGGAGUCGACCCCGACUUCAACGAGGCUCUCAUUGUAAGAAGCAACUCCACCAUCGAGGACGUGUGCGACCAGAUUCAUCGGACGCUCAAGGAGUCUUUCAAGUACGCCCUAGUCUGGGGCGCCAGUGUGACGCAUGUACCGCAGCGAGUUGGCCUGGGACAUCUAGUCGCCGACGAGGACGUCGUCCACAUCGUGUCCAAGUAG